AUGUCAACUUCUUCAGUCCCGCGGAUCCUCCUUGUUGGAGCCACCGGUUAUAUUGGAUCAAAUGCCUUGGAUCACAUCUUGAAGUCCACUCAUCCGGGCUUGAGCAAGAGCACCAUCUCUGUGCUGGUCCGCGGCGAAGAUCGCGCCAAGAAGCUCAAAGAAGGCUACGGCGACCGCAUCAAUCCUAUUGUCUACAGCGGGGUAGACGACACCGAACACGUCGCCUCUGUCGCAGCUGAGCAUGAUAUCGUCCUCAAUAUCGGCGUGGGUUACCACCCCCCUAGCGCCGUGGCAAUGGUCCAAGGUCUCGCGAGACGGCUGGCCGACAAGGGAAACAAAACACCCUGGAUAAUUCAAAUCAGUGGCAUCACCAACAUCUCCGACUCUCCGCUGCAAGGCGACAAUCAUCCGGAACGGGUCCAUGACGACGCUGAUUCUCUGGCUAUAUACGAGUUCGAGAAGGCAGCGGAUGCAAAGUCGCCAUAUUUGCCGCGGACGACGGAGCUGGCUGUCCUGGACGCAGCUGUCGAGACGGGCGUGAAUGCCCUCUGUGUUCAGGCACCAGUCAUCUGGGGCAAGGGCUCCGGGUUGCUCCCUACUCAGGGAACUGUCUUACCGUUGUUCUUCCGCUUCAUCCUCGACAAAGGAUACGCUUUCCAGCUGGCUGACGAGGACGCACGUGCUGCCGUUGUACAUAUCGAGGACCUCUCGGAGUUAUUCACCAUGCUAACCGAAAAGCUGUUGGACGAUGGUGGCAAGGACCUCCCAAGGGGCAAGAAGGGUAUCAUGUUCGCUCAGGCCGGACUCAUAGCCCAUCGUGAGGUGACUCGGCUCUGCCUCGACGCCGCGUUCCGUAACGGUGUCUUGCCCAAGUCCGACGGUCCUCAGCAAAAGGAGAUCCGGGUCGUCCCUGUGGACGAAGUGCUCCCGUAUUUCGGUGUGGGGAAUUUUAGCAUGGCCGUCACAAGCCGUGCUGGCGCUGGACACAUGAAUACGGUUGAUACUACGGUGAGACGGCUUGGCUGGAAGCCCCGGCACUCUAUAGAGGACCUGAAGUCGGGGGCUCAUUUCGACGAAGCGCUGAAGACUUUACUGUCCCAAGAGGCGGCAUCGGCCAAGACAGUGUAAUUAAUUUGAAAAGGGAGCACUGGACUUGUGAAGCUCUGAUAGUUAUUUCUUGUGCGUUUCCUUUGCGUUUGUGACUUUAUGUCACUUUUUUUUCUAGUCAGAAUUCAAUAUGACAGGCAUAGGCAUCG